AUGAUGAUCCCGUCGGUGGAUCACCAGCCUUCGAACUCCAGCGCCAUGGGCGACGUCCCUUCUCUUUCACCUCCUCCUCCUCCUCCUCCUCCUCCUCCAUCACUCCGGAGACGCCACGUCAAGCGAUGCUCUCCCAGCGAAGAGGAGACCGACGAGGAAGAGAAGAGGCCGAAGAAGUGUUCGAGGAAACUCCCGCAGAGGCCUCCCACCGAGCGAGUUCUCCGGCCGAGGAGCAGGGACAGCAGACACGAGGAGGAGGAGGAGGCAGAGGAGGAGGAGGAGGAGGCGUUGCUGAGAGUCUCCCUCAGCCAGAAGGAGAUCGAGGAAGACUUCGUGAGGCUGACCGGGUCGAAGCCGCCCCGCCGGCCCAAACAACGGUGCAAGACACGCGCCCAGAUCAGGCUCAAGGUGGGAUGA